AUGGAAGAGAGCAGCUUUUCCAGCUACAACAUCAAGAAGGGCGUACUCAAAGAUUGGUUGAAGUGGAAGUACCCUGGAAACAAUGUGGAUGUUACGGUUAAAGACGCCGAUUUCGUUGUACAGGCCCCAGAGAAGCUAACAGCGGUAUUCUUCCUUGACUAUGCCACUGGCCUGAACUGUAACAACUGA